CACGCGCUCCUUCAACAAGAUGUUCACCGACGCCCAGCACCGAGACGAGGCCGACAUCGCCGCGGCACGCAGGGUCGCCGACAUCGUGCGCACCACGCAAGGCCCCGUCGAUAUGGCCAAGAUGAUCUCCUCCGGGGAUCAGGAGCAGAUCUCCGUGUCUCCGCCACCGGCGCCGAAGCAGGAGAUUUCCGUCAUGGGUUGCAUGGCCGCCACCCCUAAUCCGCCAUCCCAGCACAGGACAUACACCGACGCCAUGUGCAUCGACGCCGCACGAAGAGUCGCCCGCAUGGUGCACGCCUCACUAGGGCCCCGUCGGCUCCACAAGGAUCUCCUCCUCCCAAGGAAUCAGGCGCAGGAGGCGGUAAUCGCAGCCGAUGGCGCCGCCGUCACCAUCGAUGGCAGUAAGUUGAUGGACGACGCCCAGCACCGAGACGACGACGCACACGAGGCCGAUAACUCCGCCGCACGCAGGAUCGCCGACAUCGUGCGCACCAUGCUAGGCCCCCGCGGGCUCCACAAGGAACUCCUCCCCGGGAAUCAGGCGCUGGAGGCGGUAAUCACAGCCGAUGGUGCCGCCGUCACCAUCGAUGGCAGUAAGUCGAUGGACGACGGUAUCGAAGUUUGCAGUAAUGGUAUGGAAUUUAUCACUUCGAUGAUGUCCUAAAAACGCGAUGGUUGUGGAAUCUUUGUUCAUUCAUUAUGCCAAAUGAUGAACUGCAUAUACUGGAUACAACCUGCAAGUACCACAGACGAUGAAUUUGGAUUUUCCCAUCUUUUCUUUUCCUUUUCUCAUGAAACACUAGAUGACACCGAGAACCAGAAAC